UUCAAAGCAGCUCCGUAAUGGCGUUGCAAGAGCGCUUCGUUGUCUGAUUAAGAUCGAGACGGUAGUGGAGUAUUUGGUUGUAUUAAGAUAGAUAAACAUUGUUCGUCAUAGGUGGUAAACGGAUUUAUCUUUGGAUUGGAAAAUUGGAUUUAUACUCUGGAUAUAACAACUAAAAAAGGAAUGGAUUACUCAUCAGCGGUCUCUAACCGAAACAUGCAACAGGGAAAACGACCUCGAUCGUUGGUCGCUGAGGUAAGCGCAGACCUAGAUGUUAAAAAAUUUCUAAACAUUUUGUCAAGCUCGGAAUCCACAAAAAAGUAUGUAGAACAUUUGACAGCCUUGUAUGAGUCACGUCCUCGCCUAUGGCUACUAUCAUUCAGGCAACUAGAUCCAGGAAAUGAAAACAUUUCGAAACGAGACGACUUCCUAAGGGAAAAUGUAAACAUUUUAACAUCGCAAAAUGUAAACAUUCGCUUUCUACCGCCGACGAAACCGCCGACGCGAGUAAGCUUAAAAGACGUUCCCGAUGAAGCGAAAAAGCAAUUAGUCUGGGACACACUAAUUAAAACCGGCUGUGGCAAAGUGCGACACAUAAACAAACAAUUCCAUCGGGGUACGACGCUAUACAACGGCUACGUCGCUGCGUGGAUAGACGAUUUCGACCGUACUAAAUUUCCGCCAUUCAUAAACAUCAACGGAUAUAGAUGCAAGACAUACUUGCCCUCGGAAUUGUACAACCCCACUUGUAUUAAUUGCCUCGAACAGGGCCAUAGUGCAAGAAAUUGCACCGCGACCAGAAAAUGCCGACAAUGCCAUCAAGAAGGGCAUAUCAAAGCAGAAUGUCCCUUAAAGAAUAAAUCUGACCAGGAGACCAUUCAAUCGUGGCUAAAAAAUACCACCGUCACAAAAAUCGAAAAACAAAACAAAACAAACAAAACCGAAACAUCAAUCGCAGUUCCCCAAACCUCACAAAACGUCUCUCUAGACGAAGCCUCAUCAAAAAGCAAUGACACAGCAGUAAUCAUCGACGUAGAGAGCAAAGAGACGAAAGAUUGGUCUCUAAGUCCUGACAUUAACAAAGACCCGCCUUCGACUCCACCUCCCAUUGUGUCGCGGAAACCCAGGUUGAAAGACACUUCAACAAUUGGAAACACUCCUUUCCGUAUAGGGAAUCUUGGAGGCUCGUGUUUUAAUAAAAAUCCGCCCGUCUAUGAAUUAAAUUCAUACUCUUCAGUCUUUUCUGACCUUCCACAGAUUUCAUCAGCGCCAGCAUGCCUCGAAGCAGAGGACCUAGCCCUCUCUUCAUCAGACUCUGACGAGUCGGACAAGCCGACCAUAACCCGAUCGCCAAAUCGUAAAAAAAGGGGGAGAAACAAAACAGGAUCCUCCUCGACCUCCUCCGCGGCCCCACCAACGACCAAAAAAGAAAAGUAACUGACAACGAAACUUCCUAACAUUUAUAUCCCCUUAACUCAAUCCAAACUACAAAAACUCAUCCCCACCUCAUGAAAUUAGUAUCUCUAAAUGUAAAUGGUAUCAUGGUUCAUCUAGACGAAAUAGCACUCACCAUUAAGGCGCAUGACCCCGACAUCAUGCUCAUUCAGGAAGCCCACAAAAUAGACUCUGACAAGAUCGCAAAAUGGGCAUCCAAACUAGGAUAUUGGGCCUACUUGAAUGCGCCAGAUAAACUCAAAACCCAUCUCAAACACUUUUACGCAGGCACGGCUAUAUUGCUGUCUAAAAAUUUUGAAAGUAACACCAUCACUUACAAUGUAAUUGUUAGAUACCGCGCCUGCUCAGUAGAUCUGCAACACCAAGGAAAAAGCAUAAAAAUUAUAAAUAUAUAUGGUCCCCCAUCCCACUACAGAGCCCAAACAGACUUUUA